AUGACGAAGCUGUAUUUGGUGUCUCAGGAUGGAAAUGUAGAGUUGUGCUUCUAUUGUGCCUGUUUUCCUUCUAUCAACAGAGAUUUUAGAUACAAUUGUUUAAAUGGCACAAUUCCAAAGGAAUUGGCUUCAAUGAAUUUAACUUCCAUCUCUCUUCUUGUGAAUCACUUGUCAGGGGAAAUUCCAAAACAUCUAGGAAAUAUUACUACUCUCACAUACCUGAUGCUGGAAGCAAACAAUUUUUCUGCAGUUGUUCCACCUGAACUUGGGAAGCUGAUCAACUUGCAGACCUUGGUACUGUCAUCAAAUCAGUUGACCGGGAACUUACCAUCGGCACUUGCUGGGCUGCAAAAUUUAACCGACUUUAGGAUAAGUAGUAACAACUUUACAGGAACCAUACCUGAUUUCAUAAAGAACUGGAAAUUUCUCCAAAGACUAUGA